GGUCCGCCCGGCCCCCCGCCGCCGGAGCCACCGCUGCCUCAGCCGCCGCCGGACGAAUAGUGGGGGAACAUGGCGCCGGGGCCGCCGUCGCCGCGGCCAGAAUCCCCGAGGCCGGGGCCGCGCUGAGGGCGCCCAGCUGGAAAAAAUGUUGGCUCUUUGGCAAUAAAUGAGAAGCAGUAAAAACUGACCUCAGAGUAGUGAGUGAGCACUAUGGGACCUGAUACUUUCACUCUGUGGGCAACCAGCCUCCACUGGUGAUGUCAAGAAGCCCCUCUACUCCACUGGAAAACACUAAUCUGAUCUCGGAAGUGGUUGACUGUGGCAGGAUGUGUCUACGAUGAUGAUGGCAAGAAAGCAAGAUGUCCGCAUUCCCACCUACAACAUCAGUGUGGUGGGAUUGUCUGGGACCGAGAAGGAGAAAGGCCAGUGUGGCAUUGGGAAAUCUUGUCUUUGCAACCGCUUCGUGCGCCCCAGUGCUGAUGAGUUUCACUUGGAUCAUACCUCUGUCCUCAGCACCAGUGACUUCGGCGGGCGUGUGGUCAAUAAUGACCACUUUCUCUACUGGGGAGAAGUUAGCCGCUCCCUGGAGGACUGUGUGGAAUGUAAGAUGCACAUUGUGGAACAGACUGAAUUUAUUGAUGAUCAGACUUUCCAACCUCAUCGAAGCACGGCCCUGCAGCCCUACAUUAAGAGAGCUGCUGCAACUAAACUUGCAUCAGCUGAAAAACUCAUGUACUUUUGCACUGACCAGCUGGGACUGGAGCAGGACUUUGAGCAGAAACAAAUGCCAGACGGAAAGCUGCUGAUAGAUGGUUUUCUUCUUGGUAUUGAUGUAAGCAGGGGCAUGAAUAGGAACUUUGAUGACCAACUCAAGUUUGUCUCCAAUCUCUACAAUCAGCUUGCAAAAACAAAAAAGCCCAUAGUGGUAGUCCUGACCAAGUGCGAUGAGGGUGUUGAGCGGUACAUUAGAGAUGCACAUACUUUUGCCUUAAGCAAAAAGAACGUCCAAGUUGUAGAGACCUCUGCGAGAUCCAAUGUAAAUGUGGACUUGGCUUUCAGCACCUUAGUGCAACUCAUUGAUAAAAGUCGGGGAAAGACUAAAAUCAUUCCUUACUUUGAAGCUCUCAAGCAGCAGAGUCAGCAGAUAGCUACAGCAAAAGACAAGUACGAGUGGCUGGUGAGUCGAAUUGUGAAAAACCACAAUGAGAAUUGGCUGAGUGUCAGCCGAAAGAUGCAGGCCUCCCCAGAGUACCAGGACUAUGUCUACCUGGAAGGGACUCAGAAAGCUAAGAAGCUGUUUCUACAGCACAUCCACCGCCUCAAGCACGAACAUAUUGAGCGCAGGAGAAAGCUGUACCUGGCAGCCCUGCCAUUAGCUUUCGAAGCUCUUAUACCUAAUCUGGAUGAAAUAGACCAUCUAAGCUGCAUAAAAGCCAAAAAACUCUUAGAGAUCAAGCCAGAAUUCCUGAAGUGGUUUGUUGUGCUUGAAGAGACACCCUGGGAUGCCACCAGCCACAUUGACAACAUGGAAAAUGAACGGAUUCCCUUUGACUUGAUGGAUACUGUCCCUGCAGAACAGCUGUACGAGGCCCACUUAGAGAAGUUAAGGAACGAGAGGAAGAGAGCAGAGAUGAGAAGGGCAUUCAAAGAAAACCUGGAGACCUCGCCUUUCAUAACACCUGGAAAGCCUUGGGAAGAGGCCCGUAGUUUUAUUAUGAAUGAAGAUUUCUAUCAGUGGUUGGAAGAAUCUGUAUACAUGGAUAUUUAUGGCAAACACCAAAAGCAAAUUAUAGACAAAGCAAAGGAAGAAUUUCAGGAGUUACUUUUGGAAUACUCAGAACUGUUUUAUGAGUUAGAGCUGGAUGCUAAGCCCAGCAAAGAGAAGAUGGGUGUCAUUCAGGAUGUUCUGGGAGAGGAGCAGCGAUUUAAAGCAUUACAGAAGCUCCAAGCAGAGCGUGAUGCCCUCAUUCUGAAGCACAUUCAUUUUGUUUACCAUCCAACAAAGGAGACAUGCCCCAGCUGCCCAGCUUGUGUGGAUGCUAAGAUUGAGCACUUGAUUAGUUCUCGGUUUAUCCGACCAUCUGACCGGAAUCAGAAAAAUUCACUCUCUGACCCCAACAUUGAUAGGAUCAACUUGGUUAUCUUGGGCAAAGAUGGCCUUGCCAGAGAGCUAGCCAAUGAGAUUCGAGCUCUUUGUACAAAUGAUGACAAGUAUGUGAUAGAUGGUAAAAUGUAUGAGCUUUCCCUGAGGCCAAUAGAAGGGAAUGUUAGACUUCCUGUGAACUCUUUCCAGACACCAACCUUUCAACCCCAUGGCUGCCUCUGCCUUUACAAUUCAAAGGAGUCACUCUCCUAUGUAGUGGAAAGUAUAGAGAAGAGCAGGGAAUCCACACUGGGCAGGCGGGAUAAUCAUUUAGUUCACCUUCCCCUGACGUUAAUUUUGGUUAACAAGAGAGGAGACACCAGUGGAGAGACCCUGCAUAGCUUAAUACAGCAAGGUCAGCAAAUUGCCAGUAAACUUCAGUGUGUCUUUCUUGACCCCGCCUCUGCUGGCAUUGGCUAUGGACGCAACAUUAAUGAGAAGCAAAUCAGUCAGGUUUUGAAGGGACUUCUAGACUCUAAGCGUAACUUAAAUCUAGUCAGUUCUACUGCUAGUAUCAAAGACUUGGCUGAUGUGGAUCUGCGAAUCGUUAUGUGUCUGAUGUGUGGGGAUCCUUUUAGUUCAGAUGAUGUACUCUUUCCUGUUCUUCAGUCCCAAACUUGUAAAUCUUCCCAUUGUGGAAGCAACAACUCUGUUUUACUUGAACUUCCCAUUGGAAUACACAAGAAACGGAUUGAACUGUCUAUUCUUUCAUACCAUUCUUCAUUUAGUAUCAGAAAGAGCCGAUUGGUCCAUGGGUACAUUGUUUUUUAUUCAACCAAACGUAAGGCCUCCUUGGCUAUGUUACGUGCCUUUCUUUGUGAAGUGCAGGAUAUUAUCCCCAUCCAGCUUGUAGCACUUACUGAUGGCUCUGGCUCUAUAGAUGUCCUGGACAAUGACUUAAGUCGGGAACAGCUGAUGGAAGGGGAAGAGAUUGCUCAAGAAAUCGAUGGAAGGUUCACAAGCAUCCCCUGCAGCCAACCUCAGCAUAAACUUGAGAUCUUUCACCCAUUUUUUAAAGAUGUGGUGGAGAAAAAGAACAUAAUUGAGGCCACUCAUAUGUAUGAUAAUGUUGCUGAGGCCUGUAGCACCACUGAGGAGGUGUUUAACUCCCCCCGGGCAGGGUCUCCACUCUGCAACUCCAACCUGCAGGAUUCAGAAGAGGAUAUUGAGCCCCCAUCUUACACCCUGUUUGGAGAAGACACAUCACUGCCCUCUCUGUCCAAAGACCAUUCCAAGCUCUCUAUGGAACUGGAGGGAAAGGAUGAGCUGUCCUCCAUGAGCAAUUUUGAGAGUAAACUGAACAACAAAGUACCUCCACCAGUCAAACCAAAGCCUCCUGUCCAUUUUGACAUUACAAAGGGAGAUCUGUCGUACCUAGACCAAGGGCAUAGGGAUGGCCAGAGGAAGUCUGUGUCUUCUAGCCCCUGGCUGCCUCAGGAUGGGUUCGACCCUUCUGACUAUGCUGAACCAAUGGAUGCUGUAGUGAAGCCAAGGAAUGAAGAGGAAAACAUAUACUCUGUGCCCCAUGAUAGCACCCAAGGCAAGAUCAUCACCAUUCGGAAUAUCAACAAAGCUCAGUCCAAUGGCAGUGGCAAUGGCUCCGACAGUGAAAUGGAUACCAGUUCUCUAGAGCGAGGCCGCAAGGUGUCUAUGGUGAGCAAGCCAGUGCUGUACAGGACGAGAUGCAGUCGGCUGGGGCGGUUUGCUAGUUACCGAACCAGCUUCAGUGUGGGGAGUGACGAUGAGCUCGGGCCUAUACGGAAGAAAGAGGAGGAUCAAGCAUCCCAGGGUUACAAAGGGGAUAAUGCUGUCAUUCCAUACGAAACAGAUGAAGACCCAAGGAGGAGGAAUAUUCUUCGGAGUCUAAGGAGGAACACUAAGAAACCAAAGCCCAAACCUCGGCCAUCCAUCACAAAGGCAACUUGGGAGAGUAAUUAUUUUGGGGUACCUUUAACAACUGUUGUGACUCCAGAGAAGCCGAUUCCCAUCUUUAUUGAAAGAUGCAUUGAGUACAUUGAAGCCACAGGACUGAGCACGGAAGGCAUCUACCGGGUUAGUGGGAACAAGUCCGAAAUGGAGAGUCUGCAGAGACAGUUUGACCAAGACCACAACCUGGACUUGGCAGAGAAAGACUUCACGGUAAAUACUGUGGCUGGUGCCAUGAAGAGCUUUUUCUCAGAACUGCCGGACCCCCUGGUCCCAUACAACAUGCAGAUUGAUUUGGUGGAGGCGCACAAAAUCAACGACCGAGAACAGAAGUUACAUGCCCUUAAGGAAGUAUUAAAGAGGUUCCCAAAGGAAAACCACGAAGUCUUCAAAUACAUCAUCUCUCACCUGAACAAGGUCAGCCACAACAACAAGGUAAACCUUAUGACGAGUGAGAACCUCUCCAUCUGCUUCUGGCCCACGCUGAUGAGGCCGGACUUCAGCACCAUGGACGCGCUCACGGCCACACGCACCUACCAGACAAUCAUCGAGCUCUUCAUCCAGCAGUGCCCCUUCUUCUUCUACAACCGGCCCAUCAGCGAGCCCCCCGGCGCCGUGCCCAGCUCCCCCUCAGCAGUGGCUCCCUCCGUCCCCUUCCUCACCUCCACGCCGGCCCCAGGCCAGCCAUCACCCCCUCAGUCGCCCCCGCCCACCCCUCAGUCCCCAAUGCAGCCCCUGUUCCCUUCGCAGCUGCAAGCUGAACACACGCUGUGAGCCACCCAGGCAGCAGGAGAGCCAGUCUUCCCUGCAACAGGGCGGCGCUGGGUCUUGAACAAAACCAAGUUUGCUGGCCAGAGCAGAGGCCAGGGGUGCCUGGCCCUGUCAUCUUCUCAAGACCUCAGGGUCCAAUGGUCCAGUGGUCCCCCGCAGGCCACGCUUUCAGGCACCCCACAUGCAAUGUUGUAGGCCUGCUGGCCUCCGGCAGCACUGUGGAUGGACCAUGCCCUCUAACGUGGACCCCGGGACCAGAUGGGUCAGGCACUGCUCCUUAGACCUCUGCCAUCUGCACGUACCAGCCCUGUGGUGCCGCCAGCUUGUGUGGAGCUGGCUCCCGGGACAUUCCAGCCUCUGCCCAGGGAGCAGGGGACCCCGAAAUGAGGCUGCCCCAGCCAGCUGCACCCUGAAGAGAACGCACCCCGCCCAUCUGUAUUGUCCCUCCCCACCUCCACAUCUGCACACACUGGAGCAAGGGUCCACUUGGACUGCCUGCCCAGCAGUCAGAGCCUCAGGAGGGGAGCUUUGGGCCUGGCCCAGGGGUGCGUGUCCCCAGCGCAUGCCUGCCAGGACUUUGCACACAGUCCCUUCACAGCCGAGCAACACUGGAAGGAGCUGCGCACCCCUCUCCUCCAAGAACAGAGCAGACAAAGAAGACUUCCCAGAAAGAACACUACAGACCUCAAGCUCCACCCCUCCCAGCUCUGUGGCAGGUGGAGGGCACCCUGACGGACAGCAUGGCCUGGCCUGCAGGCCUUUGCUCCUGACUUGUGUCCACUUGGCAGCGCCCUGUCCCUAAGAAGAUGGUUUGAGCCCUUGGGUGGCACUGGUGGUGACUGGCCCCAGGCUUUAACACUACCCUGGGGAAACACUACUCGCCAACGGCCUGGGCUAGGGCUCGGGGUGGAGUGGCACCAGUAGGAGUGUCGGGGCGUGUGCUGUGUGGGCCAUGGAGAAGUGGUGAUCCCUGGGGUGUGUGCAGGGAUCCCUUAUGCCCGCUGGGCCAGCAGGGCCCUGAGUCUGUCCCUGCCAGUCACCACCUGCCUGGCCUCCCAGACACGCUUGUGACCCUCCCAUUCCCCCCACUCCCAGCACAGCAGUUCUGCUGGCUGUCCCUGCCCCCCAAGUGUCCAUCCUCACUGCUGGACCACACCUAACACUAAGGUACUCGGGUGUGGGAAAGGGGGCCGAGGGGCCUGCGCCACCCCGCCCCGUUGUUGCACUUUAGAAGCAGCUUGUGUGGCAAGUUCAGAGAGGCCCCCCUACACCUCCCAUCUGCUCCCCUCCUCUGACCCCUCCUUUGGAUAUGCUGGCUGUGUCUCCAGUUGCUGGGGGCCAGAUAAGGUGCUUGGAAACGGUAAUUUAUCCUGCAGGUCCGGCAGCCCUCCAGGAACCUGCCCGAGGUGCACAUGUACCCUCCCCCACAGUCUGGGCUGUGAGUGGGGCAGGUGGCAGUGGAGCGGCAUUGUGUUGGGUGGGUUCCCUGCCUUUUUACCCCUUGCUGUCCCGAGGCACUGGAGUGGCUGGGAAGUCACAGCAGAAGCCACCAGCUCCCCUGGGAAGGUGGGCCAACAUCCUGGGGGCUGCCUCAAGGACCUCGCUGGUGCCCCUGCCCAGCCUGGCCUUAGGGACAGUGGCCGAGAGCUGCCGGUGUUGCACUCGCUUCCUGCUUCUCCAGGCUGAAGGGCCAGCAAAUGGUCACUCAUCUGCCAUGAUGUUGUGGCCAUGCUGACUGGGGACAGGCUGGCCACACAGAAUGCUGCCUGCCCUGGUGUCCAUCAGGCUGCAGAUUCUGGAAGGUGUUUCCCCAUGGACCUGCAACCCGUGGUGGCCAGAGGGCUCUGCUGCCAUGCCCGAAGGCACUCUGCUCAGUCCUCAGCUGUGCAGGGGAGGGCUGGCCUGUGUCAUGGUUGGUGUCACCAUGCCCCACUUCAUUCUGUCACUCCCCAUCAUGGCAUUUUGGGAGGAACACAGAGAAAUGCGCACUUAUGAGUCUGUACCCUCUCUACCCCGCCCAUGCUCCCCUGCUCUGGAGGCUUCUGGUGUGCUGUUUGUCUCCACCACUUCGGCUAUAGGGGACAUCACAGGAGCGGCUUGCUCCUGCUCCCUCCCAAUCUGAGGGGAGGCCACCCUGAUGGCCGCAGCCUCUGUUAGGUUCCCUAGGCCCCAGGCCCCCGCAACCUGCAGCAGCCUCUUAGCAGAUGAGCUCUGGCUGCCUGCCCCCUGUCCUGUGAGCAGAGCUGUGCUGCACUGGCAGCAGUGGCCCAGGAAGGUCCCUUUGUCCGGACAGUCCCAGGGGUAGGCGCACUGGGGCCAAGGGCUGUGUGCAGGCCGAGCUGGGUGUGGGGAAGAGGAAGGACGGCACGCCCGGGACCCCUUCCUCCUUCCCCUCAGAGCCAUCUGGGCUGUUGCCUGCCUGUGCCCUCCCAGUGGUCAUGUCACACUCAACCACAGCUACCCACAGCUUUCCGCGCAGUGGAGACAGGGCGUAAGUUAUUGUUUGCAUCAAGAAAUCACGUUCCCUGUGUACAUUUUAAAAAGAAAUGUCUCCAAAUUGUAUGGGAAUAAAACUUGUUUGAAAUUUGGAA